UUCCACCCAGGCAUCGGAGCGUCGUUGAAGAAGCAUCCCCUGCGUCUGUGUGCGGGCGUCUGGGACGGAUCAGCAGGGUUCAGCUGCAACGCUUGGUUUUUGGGGAUCCACAUUUGUUGCUCACCACCACCACUGGCACCAGCUGAAAGGAGAAUAUCUCAACAUUCCACCAACCGCCACUGUCCGUUCCUCUGCUGCUCCUGUUCUGGAUGUUCACGGGGCAUUGCUGGACUUAAACGCAGGGGGAUUUCUAUUUCUAUUGAUUUCCAUCUGCCGCCCUGUCGACAGCGGACAACACUUCUUCUCUCUGAGGGAUGUAUUGCAGCGGGUUGAAGUGUGCGCACUGAGCGGGGAGAAUAUUAACGCACUGUCUGCUGAAUGAACUGCUGCCGUCCGCCUUUGGUUUUUGUAGCAGGUCUCUCUUCUGGAGAUGCUCUGAUCGGGGUUUUGUGGUCCGUGCGCAUCGCCACUGGAUCGGGAUAUAAAGUGAAGAAAUUGCCGCGGUCAGCCCUCUCUGGAGCGCUUGUCUUCUGAUUUCGCUAUUCAUUUUUUUGACAUAGAGAUUUGGUGGUUUUGAGACGGAUUGUGCACCCACUGGAGGCACGCGGGCUCACCAUGGGGGAUUCGAUGUGGAGAUAUUAUUUUGGAGUUUUUUUUAUUGCCUUCAAAGUGGACUUGUGCCGGGCACUCAUCCUGGAGUCCAUCUACUGGAACACAACAAAUACCAAAUUCGUGCCCGGCCAAGGUGUGGUAUUGUACCCCCAGAUCGGGGAUAAGUUGGACAUUGUGUGCCCCCGCGUGGAUGGCGGGGUGGCCGAUGGAGUGGAGUAUUACAAGGUGUAUAUGGUGCCCAGGGAGCAGCUGGAGAGUUGCACCAUCACCAAGGCCGACACGCCGCUCCUCAACUGUGUCAAGCCUGACCAGGACGUCAAGUUCACCCUAAAGUUUCAGGAGUUCAGCCCCAAUUUGUGGGGCCUAGAAUUCUUCAGGGGGAAAGACUACUACAUCAUCUCUACUUCUAAUGGCACCAUGGAGGGAAUCGACAACCAGGAAGGGGGAGUGUGCAAAACCAGGUCCAUGAAAAUAAUCAUGAAAGUGGGACAAAAUCCCUCUGACCCUAUCCCACCCAAAGACAACCCCACCAGAGUACCCUACCCUCCAAAGCAGUCAGAUGCCAAGGACACCUACAACCCUAAUGAUGUGAUGGAGAAGUCAGAUGUAGCACCCAGAGAAGGCAACGACAAUAACAACGGCGGAAAGUCCUCAAGCAUCAUUGGCUCUGAUGUGGCCAUCUUCGUUGGCAUCGCCUCAGGCAGCGUCAUAUUCAUCAUCAUCAUCAUCAUGCUGGUCCUGCUGCUGCUCAAGUACCGGCGGCGGCACCGCAAGCACUCGCCACAGCAUGCUGCCACACUGUCUCUAAGCACCUUGGCCACGCCCAAACGGAGCGGAGGCAGCGGGAAUAAUAACGGCUCGGAGCCCAGUGACAUCAUCAUCCCGCUCAGGACUGCUGACAGCGUCUUCUGCCCGCACUACGAGAAGGUCAGCGGCGAUUACGGCCACCCAGUCUACAUAGUUCAGGAGAUGCCGCCUCAGAGCCCGGCCAACAUCUAUUACAAAGUCUGAGGUGGGACUUUUAAAAGCAAGAGACAAACUGGAACAAUCCCCGGGGCAGAGCAGGUCUUUGGUUUUGGCUGGCACCGCCUGCACGCCAGCAAACAAACACUCUCUCUGUCUCUCUCUCACUCUGUCGGCUCCUCCACCUCUUCUCUGUUGUUUUGUCACAAUUUUUUUCUUUCUCAAAGUUUUGCUGAUACCUUGCCGUCUGAUUUCAUCACAUUUGGGGCAGAUGGGUUAGAGUGGAAGGCCAGAGAGAAGCCUGCUGCUGUCACUGCUGCUGCUCUCUGGGAGUUUGGCGCUCCCUGUUUUGGGGAACUGAGUGUUGCGUGAUCAGAAAGUUAGAUAUGUGCACAGUGUGUUUUUUCUUUGGAAGGACAAACGGAUGUAUGGAUGUGAAGGUUUCCCUGGGAAGAAAGGAGGAAAAGGAAUAUUUGACCUCACCUUAAGAAAGACUACUGCUUGGAAAAAGAGUGGGAAAGAGACAAAAAUUAAUGAGUGAGGAGAAGUAAGGGAGGAUAUGGGCUAAUCAUGAACUCACAAAAUGAUUGCCCUCCCUUGAUGCUCAUGAGCCAGAGAGACUGUAUGGAUUUACCCGCAGUACCUGGAAAAGGAGAGAGAGAUUCUCACACCAAUUCUCUCUGGGAGUUUCCUGACUGACUCUCUGAGAUCACCCAUUCACCCUGCCACCCACAUACUCACCAUCACAUGUACACAAAUUACCCACACGCGCAGACACACCGUCCCACCAGUCGAUGUGAACAGUUUUCCCCUAAGUGUGGAGUCGCAUUGUUUCUCCUGAUUCCCAGAUAAGAUGUUUCUAGCAUAUCACUUACUGUGAUUUGCUGAAAACCUUGUGAUGUUACUUGAAGGUUUUGAGGACAAAAAAACAGUUUCCUUAUUUUAAAAUGUCAACAUUUACCAUUAUCUUGUUUUUGGUUAUAACGUGUGGUUUCCUUUUCCUUUAGUCAUAUGUGAAGUUACCCAAAAGUUAUUUCUUUCAGUUUUGCACCCUUCCCCCUGAUAGGGUGCGAGUAGAGUCAGGUCUGUCAAGGUGGCUCCUGAGAAGAGUGGAGGACUUCCAUACAUAGAGCAGCACUUUUAAUCCCUAUUGCGGUACCUCCAUUCUUCACAGUGGUCCACAGAGAGUCACAGUUAGACCUAGAGAUGGGAGAGUAGCUGUAUCCUGACAGGUUUUGUAGCAAGAGCGUGCCUCAACUUCUCUGGAACCUGAGCUUUUAACACUGUUAGGGUGUUAGGGGGGCAAUACAAUUUUUUUUUGCCUUACUACCAUAGUUUUUUAUCAGGUGAAGAGGUGAGAGUCCUGAGAUCUUUAGGUUAGCAUAGCUGGCUGAAACAGCUCAAGGUACUGUUAUGUUUACCCCUUUGGGGUCCAUUGAUGUUUAGGGUUGCCCAAAAUCAGUGUUACUGGUGCUCUCCUAUUCUCAUUAUACAAAGCACAGGGACUUCUACUUACAUUUUCACUAUUUCUGAAUCUCCAUUAGCAUUUCCAUAUCGUGAGUUUUUGAUUUACUUCUUUAUUUUGUUUCAAAAUAGAUGUACAUUAAAAAAAGGAGAAUAAAAAGCUGAAUUUAUUUAUGAUAGACACAUUGAGCACAGGUGUUGUCAGGCGGUAUGGAGAGGAAGAAGAAGUAAUGUUAAUAUAUUAUCGUAUAAGUGCACAUUAUGCAAUCUAGGUUUUUGAUUAUUUGAUAUCUCUCGACCCACUGAGUUCUGUGUUUUCAUGUCUGCAGGCACAGGACUUGGUCCUGGGAAGAAGGACCAGGGCAGGAGAGUUAUCCAACCCAAAAUAGCUUACAUUGGUGUACACAAGGAGACAGAGUAGCUAUUUCUCCCACACUCAUUCUUAGUAGCAUCUCCCAAAGGAUAAUCUCCCAAACUCCCAGCACCCCCAAAUCUCCUUGAUACACAACUUUCAUGUUCUCUGUGCAUGUAUGUUUGUAUGUGUGUGUGUUUGCGCGCGCGUUGAGCACAUCAAUAUUUCAGUGACUUCACAUUCAUUAAUAUCUUUGGUCUUUGGUUUGAUCAUAAUCGUGACUUAGGCCAUUCUCGUGCAUAUAUCAGGCCAUCAUUAACAUUGUCAUUUGUUCAUAAAAACAUUAAAUUUCACCGAAAAGCCAAGCCUUGUAUGAUCUGAGGUUUGUGCCUCUAAGAGGCUACAAAAUCUGCAAAUAUGCAAUUCCUAUUUAUUUUUUUAGUCAAUUAAGAGAAAAGAAAAAAAACACCUAUGGAAAGUGUUCUUAACCACUGAAAGAUGUAACAAACAAAUGACACAAAACUAGCAAAUUUCUUCUCCCAAGCCUGCUAUUAGUUUUUAUUUUCUACAUUAUUUGUAGUAUUAUUUGAACCCUUUUCUGUUUGAACCAUGUGCCGUAGUACAAAAGGUAAACUGUGAAAAAUGAAACCAUUAAAAGACAUAUAUGCGUAUAUCACACCUGAACAGCAUUUUAGGAAAAGGUGAAAAGAGACACACUCACACGACAAAGAAAUAGCUGUUUAGUUGCUGUUUGUCUGCAGCAGAAUAUGACAAUCUUAUUAGUUUCUUUGAAUCUGACGUCCUUUUCUUAGCAGCCACUCAACUAACGCUCUCCCAACAUUGACCAGGAUUGGUUCAACCUGUUAUGAAAUUUCAUAGCGAUUCUGUGAGAGUCUUAGCACACGGGCUAGGAGAAGCACCUCAGGCUACUGUAAAUGCCUUGCUCGUAUGGUCAGCCCUUGGUCACUUGACUCAGUAAUUUUGCACCGUACUUCUGUAGGUAAGAAACUGUAAAUACAUUAAUGUUUGUAUUGUAUAUGGAUCCUGGGUUGUUACAAUAGCCUUAUUCACCUUUUUAGGAAAGUAAAUGGGGGAAAAAAAACAAAAAACAGAAUACACUUCAGUAAAACAGAGCAUACUACUUUUUUGGUAAAUAGCUUAUGUAAAUAUUGACCACAACCCAAUAAAAACAUUUUUUAUAAACUCUUAAAGUAAGAUGUUUUGUAUAAAAUUUGAAUCUUUUGCUAUGUAUUUUAGCUAGCGUGCGUUCGAAAGCCCAUGUCCUCCCCACUCCCUCCCCUUUUGCACUGUUUCAAUGGUAAUUUGGUUUUAAAAAAUGAGAGAAAAGUUGCCAAACCGACUGCUGCAUAGUUGUGCCAUAAGUGUGUACCAUAAAUAUUUAUUUAAUUAGUUUCUUUUUUCUCCUUUGUUUAUGAUUUAAUUUCAGUCCAGUUUGUAAGUAACACAGUAUUAUAUUUGCAUUGUUUGUCCAUCUCCCCCUGGUUUUCUUUAGUCAUGUUCAUGGUUACUGGGUGGCUAUUGCCCUCUUCUUCCCCCCUUUGCAGUACGAGAUGGCCAGGCUGUGAAAAAAUGGUUUAACAUUCAAAAAUUUAAAACAAGUUAAAAGUGAGGAUAAAUGACACACAUUCCACCAGUCUGUUACAAACUGAAAAUGUUUUUCAAUAAAAUGUUUUUCCUAUGGA